AUGAGCUCAAAGCGAGUGGUGGUGGAUGCGCCCACCCGUGCCAGCGUGCCCGUCCAGAGGCACGGGGCGUCCUUCAGGGGGACACGGUCAUCGUCCUCCUCCCUGGACAGCCCCCCGGCCUCCAGGACCAGUGCCAUGGGUGGCCUCAUCCGAGCACCCAGGGUCUACGUAGGGAUGGCCUCCCAUGGGUACACAGGUGGCCUGGGUGCCCGCGUGACCCGCCGAGCCCUGGGCAUCAGCAGUGUCUUUCUGCAGGGGCUGCGGAGCUCAGGCCUGGCCACAGCGCCGGCUCCCGGCCUGGGGAGGGACCCCGAUGCCGCUGAAGACCUGGGGGGCUGCCUGGUGGGAUACAUGGCCCAGGUGCAUGCCCUCGAGCAGGUCAGCCAGGAGCUGGAGGCCCAGCUGCGGAGGCACCUGGAGAGCAAGGCCGGGCGUGCGGAGCACUGGGGCGCCCUCAGGGCCUCCUGGGCCAGCAGCUGCCAGCAGGUGGGCGAGGCUGCCUUGGAAAAUGCCCGGCUCAUGCUGCAGACAGAGAACAUCCAGGCGGGUGCGGAUGCCUUCAAAGACAGAUAUGAAAAUGAGCAGCCAUUUCGAAAGGCAGCGGAAGAGGAAAUUAACUCUCUCUAUAAAGUCAUCGACGAAGCUAAUUUGACAACAAUGGACCUGGAAAGUCAAAUAGAAAGCCUGAAAGAAGAGCUUGGCUUUCUGUCAAGGAGCUAUGAAGAGGAUGUGAAAGCGCUGUAUAAGCAGCUGGCAGUGUCUGAGCUGGAACAAGUGGACGUCCCCCUGGGCGCUGGGCUGGACGACGUCCUUGAGACGAUCAGAAUUCACUGGGAGAGAGAUGUCGAAAAGAACCGGAUGGAAGCAGGAGCCUUGCUCCAAGCCAAGCAGCAGGCGGAGGCCGGCGGGGCGCAGGGCCCGGAGGAGCGGCUGGCCGCUGCCCGCAGGGCGGAGCUGCGCAGCACCGCGUGCCAAGUGCAGAGCCUCCAGGCGGAGACGGAGUCCUUGCGGGCGCUGAAGCGAGGCCUGGAGAACACUUUGCAGGACGCCAAGCACUGGCAUGACCUGGAGCUGCAGAACCUGGGAGCUGUGGUCCGCAGGCUGGAGGCGGAGCUCCAGGAGAUGCGUGAGGAGGCGGAGCAGCAGCGGCAGACCCGCGAGCAUCUGCUGGCGCACAGGUGCCAGCUGCAGAGGGACGUGGCGUCCUACCACGUCCUGCUGGACAGGGAGGAGAGCCGCUAGUGGAGAAACUUCUUUUCAUGAAGAAAAUGCUGCCUUCUCACCAAGUGGUCGAUGAAGUGCCUUGAGGAGUCUUCCC